AAAUUUAUUGUUCCUCACAAGAACGAGCAGUAAUUUUGGAGAAAAAGUAAUUUGGGGGAAGGGAUAGAUUAUAUGGGGAUUGAGGGAAAUUGUUUUAUUGUUUAGUAGUUUUGAUUGAGGGAAAAAGACAAUGAAAAAAAGUAAAGAAAGCGUGCAAAUAAUUCUGCAAAAAUUGACAAAAAUUAAAAAAAUUGUUUUUGUUAUAUUUGCGCUGUUAAUAAAAAAGGAGAAAAUUAAACUGAAAAUAAUUUUUAAUUAUUUUUUAAAAUAAAGGCUGAAAAAAAAUAUUUUUUUAAAUUCAUCCUUCAUUCAAUUUUGGGUUAUAAAUGACAACAACAAAUGAAAAAUCAAGUCAAAAAAAUCAACAAAAUUUAAAUAAAGAAGAUACAAAUUCACAAGAAAGACGCUCAAGCAAUUCGUCGUCAAAUAGCACCAUAUCAUCAUUGGGUAACAGCACUGGAAGCGAUUCUUUUGGAAAUUCUACAAAAGGUUUGGUUGUAAAAACUUUAAAAUAUUCUGAUGAACAACUUGCACAAACGACAACAAAAAAGUCAUUUAUUCCAAAUUUAUUGUUGGGAUCAAAUGUCUCAAAAAUUAAUCCAACAGCUAACAACCCUAACAACAAUAAUAUCCCACAAAAUCUUCAUCCUUCACUAGUUUUGGAUAAUAAAUGGAAAACUAAUGAAAAUUCUUGUGUAAAAAAGGGAAGAGAAUUUGAAAGGAAAAACUACUUGAUAUGGUCAAUAAGUAAGCCUCUACGAUGGGUACAACGUAUGAGAAGAGAAUUAAAAGACGAUUUUGGAUCAAUUUUGUUGUUACUUUUGCUUUAUCUUUUACAGGGUAUACCAUUAGGUUUAAUAGGAGCAAUUCCAUUACUUUUGCAAUCAAAAGGAAUUACUUAUGCACAACAAGCUGUUUUUUCUUUUGCAUAUUGGCCGUUUAGUAUGAAAUUAUUAUGGGCACCAAUUGUUGAUUCAAUUUACUUUAAAACUAUAGGACGUAGAAAAUCUUGGAUGGUUCCUUGUCAAUAUUUAAUUGGAAUUUUUCUUUUGGUUGUUUCUUAUCAUGUCCCAGAAAUUAUGGGAUCGGAAGAGGAUCGUGUAAAUAAAAAACCUCCCAAUGUUUUCUUUCUAAUGUGUGUUUUUCUUCCUUUAAACUUUUUGGCUGCAACACAAGAUAUUGCUGUUGAUGGUUGGGCAUUAACUAUGUUAUCUAGAAAAAAUGUUGGAUAUGCUUCUACUUGUAAUGUUGUUGGUCAAACAAUUGGUGUAUUUUUGGGAAAUGUUGUGUUUUUAGCUUUACAAUCUAAAGAAUUUGCUAAUCGUUUUCGGGCUGUGCCAGAAGAGAAAGGAUUUGUUCAGUUAGAUGGUUGGUUUUUUUUAAUUUUUUUUUUGAAAAUUCUUUUGAAAUUUUUUUUUCCUUAUUGGCUAUCUUUGGGGGUAUGCUGGAACUUUUUUUUUAAUUUUAUUUAUUUUCUUAAUACCUCUUCCUUGGGAAUUUUUAUUAAAAAAUUUUUUGAGUAA